AUGGCUGCGGUUAAAAACUGGACGGGCGUUUCUUUUGAAGAAGCGAGAAUAACGUUAAGGCAAUGGCGUGAAGAGCAUGUUCGCCGUUCACAGGAAGUGGUAGAAAUGUGGGAAUUUGUUCUCAGUCGCCACCCCCAUUCUUUGGGAGAUGAACUCUGGGUAGUUUAUGAGCAAGUUUGUAUUGCGGCUCUUGACUGCAUGAGGACUGAUUUGACUAUGGCUUGUAUUUGCGCUUUGGAGGAGAAGUUUCCACGGAGCAAUCGUGUACGGAAGUUACAGGCAAUGCGACUGGAGGCUGUUCAAAAGUUUGACGAAGCCCUGCACAUGUACGAUCAAUUGAUUGAGUAUGACCCUACUAAUAUGUCUUAUAGGAAACGCAAAGCAGCUAUUUUAAAAGCCAAAGGGGAGCGUUUGGAAGCGAUCAAAGAGUUGAAUGAAUAUCUAAAAACCUUCUUAAACGAUAAUGAAACUUGGUUGGAACUGUCAAGUUUGUAUUUAAAUGAAGGAGAUUAUGCCCGUGCUGCUCACUGCAUGGAGGAGCUGAUUCUUUCAAGCCCUCAUAAUAGCCUUUACUUGCGGAGGCUUGGUGAAAUAAGAUAUGCGCAAGGAGGGCAGGAGAAUGUUGAGAUUGCAAAAGCGUAUUUUGAGCACGCUGUGAGAACUAACUCCUCAUGUGUGCGUUCGUUGUAUGGCUUGAUACUGGCUUGUAACUGGUUGGCGCAGAAAGCUUCUGGCCAGAAGAAAAAGGAAUACGUUCAGUGUGGUUCGGCUGCAGCAGAGAAGUUGUUACAAAGGUAUAGUGAAAUAGCCUCAGACGAGUUGAAUUCAAAUAUAAAUGCUCAAAUAAAAGUAAUUAAAGCCAUGAAAGAGCAGUUUUGA